UUUUGUGCUUAUUUCAGACGGUCGUCGUUUUUGGUUUCCUACCGGAAUCGGUCGUUGACGCUCCUUUCUGUUUCCGUGUCUGAGAGGAGCGCAGUGGCUUGAUUCAGUCUGUCAGAAUGCAGGACCCAAACGAAGACACCGAAUGGAAUGAUAUCCUGAGGAAGAAAGGCAUUCUACCUCCCAAAGAGGUGCCUAAAGAUGAUGAAGAGGAGGAGCUGGCCCUCAAGCAGCAGUCUGUUGUUAAAACAUAUGAGGACAUGACACUGGAAGAACUGGAGGAUAAUGAAGAUGAGUUUGGUGAAGACGAUGAGGCUGCUAUUGAGAUGUACAGACAGCAGCGUCUUGCGGAGUGGAAGGCGACUCAGAUGAAGAACGUGUUCGGGGAGGUGGUGGAAAUCUCGGGGCAGGACUACAUCAAGGAGGUCAACAAGGCCGGAGAGGGCAUCUGGGUGGUGCUGCACCUCUACAGACCGGGCAUCCCUCUGUGCUCCCUCAUCAACCAGCACCUGAGUAUGUUGGCGAGGAAGUUCCCUCAGACCAAGUUCCUCAAGUCCAUCUCCACCACCUGCAUCCCCAACUACCCCGACCGCAACCUGCCCACCGUCUUCGUCUACAUGGAGGGAGAGAUGAAGGCCCAGUUCAUCGGGCCGCUGGUCUUCGGGGGCAUGAACCUCAAAGUUGAAGAGCUGGAGUGGAGGUUAUCAGAGUCCGGGGCGGUGAAAACAGACCUGGAGGAAAACCCCAAGAAGCCAAUCGAAGACAAGCUGAUGUCAUCGAUCAGAUCUUCGCUUCCUACAGGGAAGGACAGUGACUCUGAGGACGAGGACUAUUAGGAGAUGAACGUCUGUCAUUUCAAACCAGAAACACUCAGAGGACCUUGAGCUGGGACGGAGAGAGCGGACGGCAUCUCCUUUUAUCAGCAUUUCAUAUUUUAACCAUGUGGGUGGCUCGAAUGCGGAGCUCCAUCCUGCUCGGGGGCACUUGGACCUGAGACCACCAGGCCUCCUGGACGAAACAAUCACUCUUUUGUAAUUUAAAUAAACGUCCGACUCCAUCGACUGAAUCUUUACAAAAGCAUCAAAGACAAAUAGUAACUUUUUUUUAUUAUGUUUCAUGUCACAAAAUGUACAUGUACAUUUAAAUCUGUUGAAUUAAAUGUGAGUUCACCUCUUUGCCACUUUAA